UAUAAAAAAAAAAAAAUAUUGAGGUAAGGUCCAACCACAGCGGGUCUUGACCGAUUGGGCCGAAGAGAAACACGGAAUUACACAGUAAAAGAAAACGAAAUAAAUAUCCAUAAUAAGAUUGAAGUGAGGUUUUCGUUGCGGAUCGUCGUUUUUGUCCCCUCGUCCUACUGAAACUGAGACGUUAUUUUUUCCCCGCGAUUCGAUACCAAAAAAUCAGCAGCCGAAGAAGGAGGAGGAGGAGAAGAAGAAACCCUAAAGAAUUUAAGAAAAUUGGCAAAAAGAUAAUUUUUAAGAGAAAGAGAAGAUGAAGACGACAAAAGGAGGCAAAGUGAUGAACCCUACGGACGCCUACCGUAAGGAGCUCCGUAAGAAAGAACUUAAACGGAACAAGAAGGAAAGAAAGAAGGUGAGAGAGGUGGGAAUUUUGAAGAAGGAUCCGCAGGCAAUCAUGGAGCAGAUUGAGAAGUUAGAAAUGAUCAAGGCUGAAGGGGCUUUAGAUAAAGCAAGAAAACACAAGAAGAGACAACUUGAAGACACACUUAACCUUGUCUUAAAGAAGAGGAAGGAAUAUGAAAAUAAAAUGAAGGAGAAGGGUGAGGCCCCUGUUAUGUUCAGUCACUUGGGGCCUCCUCGGAGAAGGACAACUGCAGAAGAAGAAGAGAGAGCGAAGCAUCCUAAGCCUGAAGAUUCUGUUUAUUAUCACCCUACUCUGAAUCCCACAGGGGCUCCACCACCUGGAAAGCCACCUAUGUACAAAUCAUCAAUAGGACCUAGAAUUCCCUUGUCUUCUGCAUCAUCAAGUGCCUCUGCAUCAUCCUCACAGACAGAGGCAGAUGAUAUUCCUGUAGCUGUGCUACCUCCUCCUCCACCACCACCUCCUUUGCCAGAUACUGCUAAAUCAAACUCAGGGGAUGUCUCUGUUGUUCCUGCAUCUUUGCCUCUACCACCCCCACCUUCUAUGCCACCCAAGUCUGCCACGGCAAACUUGGGUAUUCCUUUGCGUCCACCACCUGGGCCAUUGCCACCUCCUGGUCCCCCACCUAAAGAGCAAGUUAUAGUUUGCCCUCCGCUACCCCCACCUCCUCCCCUUCGACAGUCUGCGCAGCCAGCUCCCCCUGGCACUAGUGGAAAUGAAAGAGAGAGAAUAUCUGUACUAUCAGAUGACUUGACCUCCAAGGAGCUGGCUCAGGUGCUUCCUGUGCUCCCUCCCCCUCCUCCUGGAAUGCCCCCUAAAUUGGCAAUUAACCAGGCUGAAGGUGCUCCAUCAGAAGCUGAUUUCAAUAACCAUCCAGCAAUAAAAGAGGUUCCUAAAAUGGUUGCACCACCCCCGCCUCCUCCCAGGCAACAACCUCCCGUGCCUGGACCUGCCAUGGUCCCAGUUCUACAGACUGAUGUAUUACUACCUGGAAUAUCACGUUUCCCUCCGCCGCCAUCUCCAGACAUGCGGGCACCCCUAUCUGCUACUGGACUUCCUGGUCAAGCUGCUUCUCCUGGAAUAAUGGUCCCAGUAAUUCCAAGACCACCUUUGGGCCCUCCACCCGGACAUGCACCAAUGAUGAGACCACCACUUCCACCCGGUCCUCCUCCUGUACUGGAUGAUUAUAAUUCUACAAAUCGACCACCAUUACCACAGAAGCCAUCAUAUGUUAAAUCUGCUGCAUCUACUGUUAUUAAGCGGCCACUGGCUCAGCACCAGCCAGAACUUACGGCUAUGGUUCCUGCAUCGGUUCGAGUAAGGAGGGAGAUUGCUGCCCCAAAAGUAAAACCGAAGCCUUUACUGUCAACCAUGACAGUGACGAUCAAGCCUAUAGCUCCUACCAUUUUGAAGCAAGAAUCAACCAGCAUAUCAUCAGCUCCAAAGGCACAGAGUAUUGAUGACUCAUACACGGCAUUCUUGGAGGACAUGAAGGCACUUGGUGCACUUGAUAGCUGAUAUUGCUAUAGCUGUUGAGAUGUCAAGGAAAAGCAGCUCCCGUGCAAUCAGAAUGAAGCAUGUACAAGCUAUUUUUAGGGUUAAGUGGCUUGAGCCAUAUUAUUGUUCUCGGGGGCUAGCGUUUCAGUGUUGCGGUACUGUCAAGGGAUCGGGUUUCAUACUGUAGUGCCACAUUUUUCUAUAGGCAAACUUUCAAACCUUCUCAGUUCAUGAGAUUGUGUAAUUCAGGGCAAUUUUCCUGAAGUAAAUGUUAAAAUAUAUCUGCUCCAAGCAACGUAGCAAUUUAACUUGCAUUUUGGGUUUUGAAAUUGUAUUUUCCUAUUGCUUACCCCUCUUCUGAUUUUGGGCACGUACUGAUUCUAUGUAAUUGAUCAGCUGUUGCUCUGUUUAACUGACAAACUAUACUUAAUAAAACAGUUUAUGAGAGAUUUUGGUAGAAUCAAACUGGGAAUGUGGCAGAUUAAGAUUUGCUCU